AUGAUUUAAUAAAGAUUGAUUGCUAUAAAGAGAAUAAUAAAAGUUUAUAUUAAUUACCUUUAUUUUGUUUUAUCAAAAAUUGUUUAUAAUUAACAUUACUACAACAUAGAUUAUUAUGUAAUGAAGAUUCAAUAAAACAUGAAUAUAUUAUCUUUAAUUUGUAAAGAGAUACUAUAAAAUUAUAGAGAUUGA